AUGUCUGCAGAUGGUCUUAAACAGCGGCGAAAAGUGCAGUCGAAUUUCAUUAAAACCGAUGAAGAAACCACAAAAGAUGUAGACGAUGGAGACUCAGAAAGUUCGAGUGAGCGUCCGGAUGAUGAUAAGGCUACACGUUUAACUCUCAUGGAACAAAUCCUACUUCUUGGCCUUAAGGACAGAGAGGGUUACACGUCAUUUUGGAACGAUUGCAUCAGUAGUGGAUUACGUGGAUGUGUUAUGGUGGAACUGGCACUGAAAAAUCGUAUUGAACUUGAGAAGUCUGGAAUGCGAAAGAAAGGUCUUUUAUCGAGAAAGGUGCUUGUCAAAAACGAUCAGCUCACAGGUGAUGUGAUAUUGGACGAAGCUUUAAAGCAUAUCAAGGAAACACAGCCGCCUGAGUCGGUUACCAGUUGGAUUGAAUAUCUGAGCGGUGAAACGUGGAAUCCAUUGAAAUUACGAUUUCAGUUACGUAAUGUACGAGAGCGAUUAGCGAAGAAUUUGGUUGAAAAAGGUGUUUUAACAACCGAAAAGCAAAACUUUCUGCUCUUUGAUAUGACCACGCAUCCUUUGCACAAUGGUGACUUCAAGCAUAAACUCAUCGGGCAAGUGCAAGAAGCAGUGUUAGGUCGUUGGACUAAUGAUGUUCAUCGUAUGGAUAAAAGGAUGCUUUCUUUACUGAUAUUAGCUCAUGCAAGUGAUGUCCUCGAAAAUGCUUUCGCCCAACUUUCUGAUCAGGAUUAUGAGUUGGCAAUGAAACGUGUUCGAUCACUGCUGGAAUUGGAUUAUGAGGUAGAAGGUGACAAAAAAGGGAGCACGUCUUCGGAUGUUAUGUGGGCAGUUUUUGAGGCUUUUAGCAAAUGA